AUUCGAAACCCUCGGAUAUACUUAGUUGUGUUUGUUUGUUUCCGUUGCAUUUGGAGUUCCAGGGCGAUACUGGAGAGCGCCUGGUCAGCUCCGCCUUGGCAUAGGUAUACAAAUAGAGCAAAGCCAACCUUCGACAGUUAGCUAAUAAAUUACUACAUAAAUCACAAUUGCUUAAGUGCAUGACACAAAAAUGCCACCAAUAUUACGAACGGGUGGGCAGAAGCUCGACAUCGAGGUUGCAGCGCCUCCAGGGUGGAUUUUCGCCGCAGGAGAUCCUAUCAUCGGCCAUGUCCUUCGUCAUACCUUUUUACUUACGCUUGACGCCACUGUGACUCUCACAUUAAAGGGCCGUAUAAAGUUUGAUCAUAAAGCAAACGAAGACGAAGAGCAUUACUACAACGAGGAACAAUUAUUGGGCACUACUACAAGCCAAACUCUCUUCCACGGGCCCCUACAUGUUCCGAAAGACAGCUCGUCUACGACCAUGGCUACUUGGCCUUUCUCGAUUGAGAUACCAACAAAAGUAGAUAGGAUCCGUCAUAAUAUCGCUGGAUACAGUGGCUUUUUAGAACCAGAUCAUCCAGGUGCAGUUUUACCAGGAACAUUCCAUGUGAGGUCUGGAAGUUGGUCUGAGUGUCUUAUCGAAUACUAUCUCGAAGCACAGCUAAAUUAUAUCAAUGGAGGCCACAGAGCGAAUGAAACUGCUGCAGUCUGUAUUUUGCUGAGCAAUCCUCCAACUGGAAGACUGGCGAAAUAUGAUCUUGAGCUACGAAAAAGUUGUCAACUGGCUCGCAGUUACCGACUCCUCCCUGGAAGACAAGACAUGGAUGAAUCGUUUAAGCAAAAAAUACGAAGAUUCUAUGCCUCAGAAACGGUACCCCAGUUCCAGUAUGAAAUUGGGGUUUGGUGGCCUUGUGUUAUGCAGCUUCAUAAUGAAAUGACAUUACCUUUGAAAAUUAGCAUGAGGGGGUUGGGGGAGAAGACGAGUAUCACUGUUCAAGGAGUUACGCAGCAUGUUCGGCUUAACUGGAUAAAACUGAAUUUAAUAUCCUCUACGACAGCACCACGAAAGAAAGGGGCCUGGAAUAAUGUUAAAUUCGAGCAUGACUACGACCUUGGCCUCGAAAAAGCUUUUGGGGAUCUAGAGUCGCCAAUAACCAUUCCUUUGACACCUCACUGCGAUACCAAAAGAUUAAACAUUGACGCUGAAGACAGUAACGGCGGGUACCAAACAGUCGAUAUUGGCGACCUGUUUCAGCUUAACAUUCGACCAAAUGGAUUAUACACCGGAAACAAGCUCUUGAGAUUGAACGCACCAAUAUAUCCCGAUCUUGUUUCAUAUAGCAUGAGACAUGAACAUAGGCUUAAAUGGAAGGUUUCGUUCACUGUUGCAGGAAUCACUGAGCAAAUCAAGGGCGGCUCGAAAGUUACGAUAUAUCCGUCUCCAUAG